GCGUUCUUUCCUUUUUUUAGCGUUUUCUCCUCCCUGUCUUGCUUCAAAAUCGAUCGCCGUCGAUCCCAAGGUAAUCCUCCUCCGGCGCCGUUUAUCUUCCCUCGUCGAUUUCAAUCUUGCAGAUCAAUUUCUGGUUUUGAUUUUGAGAAAUUUGACGGAUUAGUUUGAAUCAUUUCAUCUCUGUUGGAUCGGAUUUCUUCUCCCGUUUUGAGUCGAAGGUCUUUGUUUCAUUACUUUCUUUGGUUCUCUUUUCCUUUGCCAUUUCUUUGGUUCUCUUUGAUUUGCCUUAAUUUCAUGUGCAGUGCAAAAUGUGAGGAGUUGCUUGAUGGAUUUUAUUUUUAAUUCUUACUUUUCCUAAUACAGACCGUGUCUUUUGGGGAUAAUAAUACCUUCUGAGAUUGAAGAAACAAAGGAGCAGAUAAGGGCUUUACCUCCUGUGUGGUGUCUGGUUUUAGGUUGUGAGAUGGCGGAGAGAGCGUGUGUCAAGCGCCUUCAGAAGGAAUAUAGAGCACUUUGUAAAGAACCAGUUUCUCAUGUUGUUGCUCGUCCUUCAUCAAAUGACAUUCUUGAGUGGCAUUAUGUGCUAGAGGGUAGUGAAGGAACCCCUUUUGCAGGUGGGUAUUACUAUGGAAAGAUCAAGUUUCCUCCAGAGUAUCCCUAUAAACCUCCUGGAAUCACCAUGAUUACUCCCAAUGGACGAUUUAUGACGCAGAAGAAAAUCUGCUUAUCUAUGAGCGAUUUUCACCCAGAACUUUGGAAUCCUAUGUGGUCUGUAUCAAGCAUCCUUACAGGACUUCUUUCUUUCAUGAUGGACAACAGUCCAACCACUGGCAGUGUGAACACAACUGUUCAUGAGAAGCAACAAUAUGCGAAGGACUCUCUUGCUUUCAACUGUAAGAACCCUACAUUCAGGAAAUUGUUUCCAGAAUAUGUUGAGAAGCACAACAAGCAGCAGGCUUUGGAAAAGAUGCAACCUGAGUCACGUCAAGAAGAUUCCAAACCUCUGGUCAAAAAACUUGUUAAUUCCUCAGGUGAAGAUGAUAAAAGAGUAGACACACCAGAGGGCAGAAGAAACAAAAAGCAGCCUCUCCCAACCUGGAUGAUGUUGUUGCUGGUUUCCGUCUUUGGCAUGAUAAUGGCACUGCCUCUUCUUCAGCUUUGAUACCUGGAGCACAAAAUGGAAGAAAUCUAUAGGGGUCAGUGGUCAUACGGAUUAUGUAUAGGGAUAAUGCCAUGGGGGAUUAGUUUGAUCUGUUGAUUGGGUUGUCUCCUACAUUAAUGUAGGUAGCGUGUCCAUUGGCCUUGAAACAAUGUGACGUUGAUAUUGCGUUGGUUCGAGUUUGUUUGGCACUGUGAUUUUGUACUAUUUUUUGGAAAAAUAUAGUAAAUUUUGUAAU